AUGACAGAUUGGAUUGGACAAUUCCCAAAAGAACUUCAGGAUCGAAUACAGGCGGUCGUGUCAAGAGACGCAUCUAGUCAACAGGUGUUUAUCGAUGUCAUUAAUUUCAUAGAAAAAGAAGAAUCCAACAAGAGAAGGAAAUUGGCUAGUGGACUGGGUCUGGCCGAAGACUCGAAUGAUGCAGUUGGCAGUUCUCUUGAUGAACUUUCGCCUUCGCCCACUAUACAUCCCGACACUAUUAUAUUUGAAAUACCUCAAGUCUCGUUUAUGUCCCCCGUGAGGAAACGGAUGAAUUUGACUUUCCACUUGAUUGAGCAAAAUGGACAAGGUUUACCUGUCUUAUCGAUUGUCAAUCCUGCAAACAACUCACCGGACAUUUCAUAUAUUAAUUUACAAAAUGCAGUGAAAUUGUGUCUCAUACUUCCAAUUUUGGGCAACUCGACGAACCCGCUGAAGAAAGGAGUUGUAACACUAUGUUGUUGGAUGCAUGAUCUGUACUAUACCGAUGUCAAUGUUUCAAAAGACCCUUUGAUUUUGCAACUAAACUUGGACGCGAUAAAAAAAUUAAUGAUUAAAAGUGAGAAAUUGCCAGCCGAUAUCGAGAAUCAAUUUGACUUGACAAACUACCGAAAUAGCGUUAUUCUCAACCCUAUCCAAGAAAGAAUUAUCGAUUAUUUCACUCGGCAAUUCAAACUAUGUGGUGUUAACUUGGUUAGCUAUCUCCCAAGCGAUACAAUAGUCAAGAACUCUUUCAUUGUCAAUCAAGAUACUGCGGUGGCAUUGUCUACAAGUGGUAACGACUCAACAAAACCAGCCAUGGUUAUGGUAGAAUGCCACAAAGGUGCACGAGAUGGUAAUUUGAUAUUAUUGGAACAGAACGAGCACAAUCCUGCUUACAUACUUUUUGCGUUUAGAAAGCCUACAUUGGUUUAUGCCAUAUCCAGAGUGUUAUCAGCAAGCUAUACAAGUGUGACCAAGCACACAUUCAGCUUGACCAUAAUUGUGUUGAACGAGAAGGAUGAAGAGAGGUCCAUUGAGUUUAGUAUCAUUGACCAGGCGUAUUUUCAGCUAAUUGAUGAUUUUAUUCGUUCACAUGGUAUCAGCGACGACUCGUUCAAUGAGGAUAACAAAGAGAAGGUUGUCGAUUCGAAAGCAAAUGUAGUUCGAGCUGCUGUCAAUGGUAUGCUUGGGACCACUACGCCGGCAACUACAAACUCGAGAGCUAACGGUGAUGGAGGAGAUGAUGACGAUGACGAAGAAGAGGAUGGUGAUUUUGAAGCUGGAAAUGAUGAUGAUGAUAGUGAUGUAGCGGAAGAAUACGAUAGUGCUGCAGAAAGCGUAGAAGGAGAAGGAGAAGAAGAGGAGGAAGAAGAAGAGGAAAAAGAAGAAGACGUAGAAGAGGAGGAUGAAAACAAUACUGGAAAGGAAAGAACAAAACACCGCAAUGGUGAUGUCUUUACGCGAUCCAAAGAGGAAUAG